AUGUUGUUCACAUCCUUCACUGCUCUGCUGGCUCUCGCCGGUCUAUCCAGUGCCGCCACGACCAAGCGUGCUACCGUCUCAACCACCCUCUUUGCUUACGGCGCAGGCACCAAUGGUGCACCAGUCUUCUAUUCCGAUGGCCUUGCAUACAUUGGGCAAACGGGUUUCGCCAGCCCCAAUGGAACCCAAACAAACAUCACUUUCGCUAUCGACAGGACAUCUACCACCACCCCGUGGCCCAUCACCGCAAACUCUACAAGCGUAACCUUCAACUCAACCCUCGAUCUUUACAUCGUUCCAACCAACGGCACCUUCACCCAGGUCGGCUUUGCCGCUAACAGCAGCGUCCCAACUGGCGGUGUUACUACUGGCUUCGGUUGGUAUGGGAAGUCGGUCGCAUAUGCUGCCAGUGAUUCCGAUUACCAGCUUCGGUUCUGGGCCACCAAUACCACCACCACCGGUAUUUAUGCGCUCUACUGGAACGACAACACUGCAACCUCUGAUACGCCUGAGGGAGCUUUCCCAGUUGCCAUCAAGAGCACCCCACCACCCACUGUUUAA